AGAACAAAAAAACACAAACAAGCAGACUAAGCUUAACUUCCCUGCCUCAUUCAUACAUUUGCCAAAGAUGUAGUACAGAAGGGAAGCAAAAUGCAGACCUGCUUUGGUUGCAGCAUCUCAGCCCAUCCCUUGUUCUUUGGUUCCUUCUCAGCCCAGCCCACUUAAAUCUGGCAUGUUAUCCCAUGGCAGAAAUGCAUAACUCUUAGCUACUCCAAUUCCCCUUCUUCAUUGAUUAGUGAUGGGAAAAAUAGCCCUUCUUGUCUUCCAUGUCCCCCUCCUUUUCAACUAACAGUUAAAAUUCACAUCUAAUUUCUUCUCCAUGUUUUUUUUACUUGUUGAAAAGUUUAUGUCUAGCUGUAUAUUAUAUAUAUGCUGCACCAUGUUUUAAGUGUGUGUAUACAAAUUAAAUUAAUAUUUUGUUGAGAGAGAAAAAAAAUUAGUGUUUGGACUUUGGAGGUAUAGUUCAAUGGAGUCCAGCAGCACAGCUAGGAAUCUUCUAAGCUUUGCAGCUUUUUCACCAGCUUACUAUCAAGGGAGGAAGGAAGAUAAUAACAGCAGAAACAUCAUUGAUUUGGGAUUAAGCCUUGGGGUUAUGAACAACCAUGAUGAGACUAAUUACCACCAUCCAUCUCCAUGUGGGAAUAGCUAUGAAGAGCUGAUAGAUUGGCAAGAUUUGCACCCACAGCCAGGGAAUAGAAGAAUCAAGGGAAGGAGUGUGCAUCUAAGAAAGUACUCAGCAGAGAGCUGUGAUGAAGAUGAUGAUGAUGAUGAUGAAGUGAUUGAAAGCAAAGAGAAGAGAUGGGCUUAUGUGAAAGUCAAUAUGGAUGGAGUCAUUGUUGGAAGGAAAAUUUGCCUUCUUCAUCAUUUCAGUUACCACACUCUUGCUCUUCAGCUUGAAGACAUGUUUGGGAAGCAAUCCCAAAGGGGGUUAAUAAGGUUAUUCGAAGAAGGUUCAGAGUUUUCCCUACUUUAUAAGGAUGGAGAUGAUGAUGUGUGGAAGAUGGUUGGAGAUGUUCCCUGGGAGUAAGUUUUAUGCUUUAGGCUGCUACUUUAUUUGAUUUUUUUAAUAUAUGAAACAAGUUUAAAGACAAAAUUAACAAAAUGUUUAAGCAGUAGUGCAAAACAUGUUUCUGACCUUGUAACAAUGAAUUGAUGGUCAUUGAAGCUAGUCAAGUAAGAAGUUUUUUUUGGCAUGGUUUGUUUAGUAAAAGUAAAGAAUCAGUAGGUGUAUAAUUCAUUCACUAAUGAAUUCAUGAAAAAUAGCAGUUUAAUUGUAAAGACACUAUUCAAAUUAGAGAUAUCGAGCCCGUUUGGCAGCACGAAAAUCGGUUGUUCUGGCUGAUUCUGCUGAAAUUUAUGAAAUUCUAGCUGAAGUGACUGCAUUGGCUGAUUCUGCUGAUACAAGGAAAAAAUAUUUUUAAAAUAUAUUUUAUUAAUAAAAGAAAGAAAAAAUUAUAUGUAAAAAUAGCUAAAAUGGUCAUCUACAGUAACUUCAGCCAAUACAACCAGAAAAGUAACUUCAAACUUACUUUUUCGGCUUAUUACACAAUUCAGCGCGCGGAAGCAAAAUUUAUGUGUUUGGUAAAAAAGUUGGCUGAUAAGCCUGAUAAGCCGAAAAUGAGGGUUGCCAAACGGCCUCAUCAUCUAACUGAUGACGCUGAAGAGAUCAUUCUAUUUGAUUUUUUUAAUGUCAAACUACAUUUUCAAAAAUAUUAUUCCGUUGGAUAUAUGAAGUAUAUACAAAUGUUAUUGUAUUUUAAUUUAAUUUUUGCGACUUUAUAGAACUUUCAAUAAUAUAAAAAUAUUAAUUAUUAACAUGGUAACCAAGCAUUCUGGCUCAGCUAGUUGUGAGGUUACCGUGCCUAGUGGGAGGUCUCGAGUUCGAAAAUAAAGUUUAUGAAUAUAAAAAUAUUAAUUAUUAACAUGUUAACCAAGCAUUCCAGCUCAACUGGUUGUGAGGUUACCGUGCUUAGUGGGAGGUCUUGAGUUCGAAACCCGCUAGGCACAUAAGGGUUUGAAACUCAAUGGAGUGAGUUUCAACCCUGACUACUCCAGGUCUCCCAGCCCCCUCUCCCAGACCCCGGAGUAAAAAAAAAAUUAAUUAUUAACAUGGUUAUUUCUUACUUUUUGUUAGAUUGGACAUCAAGUAAGAAAUAACAAUAUUUAGGAAACUUUUAAUCCUAUAUGUGAAAUAAUGGAAUUUGAUUCAUUUAUGAAAUGAGUUAAGUGGUUUAAAAUAGUUUCUCAUGAAUUUGGGCUGACUAUGAACAGGGAUUUUGUGGAUGCCGUGAAGCGACUGCGAAUUGUGAGGAAGAAGCAACCAUCCCUUUUUAAUCAAUGUUAUAAUUUUCCAAAUUAGAGUAAAAAAGAAAAGAAAAACAGAGAAUGAUCAAUUUUCUGAGAUGAGGUUUAAGUUUACAAUGUUUCUCAAAAUGGUCUUUUCGAUCUAUUAAUUUUGACAAUCUCGAUAAGCUAAAUUAGAUAACACUAAUUAUUUUUGGAGGAAUACUUAUUUUGAGAUGUACCAAGAGUCUAAGAUUGUAAUUCUUCCCAAAAAUGUAAGUCUGAUAGACACAUUUAUUUAGCUUUUAUUACUCAAAUAUUUUUUCAUUUGUAACACUGAGAACUAAGAAGUUCUUGUAUUGUGACAAAGAAUCUAUAUUUCAAUUUUUACCUUUUGAUGUGUGGUCCCC